CAAACAGGGAACAUAUAUUCAACGUUUCUCUCCCCUCUCUCUCUCUCUCUCCAUCCAAACGCAGUGAGUCACUUUCGGAGGAGCGACGUGGCGCGUAGAUCGCACGCGCCGUAACCACUUUUAUCGGCUGGUUUCGCUUCCACACUGUCGACAUGAUUCGAGCGGUGAUAGUGAUCAAUGACCAAGGCAAGCCUCGUCUCGUCAAGUUCUACGAUUAUCAGACCGUGGAGAGGCAGCAAGAGCUGAUUCGAAGCAUUUAUGGAGUCCUAUGCAGCAGACCCGAGAAUGUGAGCAACUUCAUUAAGGCCGAUUCAAUAUUUGGACCAGACGCUAAGCUUGUAUACAAGACUUAUGCCACACUAUACUUUGUUUUCAUAUUUGAUAGUUCUGAGAAUGAGCUAGCAAUGCUGGAUCUCAUGCAAGUUUUUGUGGAGACAUUGGACAAGUGUUUCAGCAAUGUGUGUGAGCUCGACAUAGUGUUCAAUUUUAACAAGGUGCAUACUAUUCUGGAUGAGAUCAUUCUGGGAGGUCAAGUUCUUGAGACCAGUUCUACAGAAGUUGUAAAGGCUGUUGAAGAAAUUUCCAAGCUGGAAAGGGCCUCAAAUGCAAUCACGCUUGUCCCAAAAUCCAUUUCUGGUUGGCAGCGUAGAUAGUUCAAAGAUUUUUCGGUUAAUUAACAAGGAUUUCACUCAUUUGUUGAUUCAACAAUGGAAUAGAGUUUGAAUACCUGAACUCUCAUGUGAGGGUAGGCACAAGGAGGAUUUUUUCUUAUGCUCAACCGAAGUGAUGUAUAUUAGAAGGCAAUAAUAUGCCGAUGGUUGGAAGUUUUCAUCAUCAACCAAGCAUAUGUAUAUUUUCCCUUUACCCUUGUUGCACAUUUUUCCUAACUAUUCGUGUGGGAGCAAACUCAUAAAUGUUUGAUUUU